AUGUCGCGGCCUUCAUCCACUUCCACCCAAUCCGCCACUGCGUUUCCCAAACAGGCUGGCGCCGCCCUCCUGUCUCCAGACAACAACAACAACAACGCCACCGCAGGCCCCCAGUCACCAUCGGCUUCAAACUUCUCCUUUGCAUCCUCGCCUCAUUCCGUCAUCGAUGUUCCAGACAAUUCGCAUCAAUACCCACGAGAGACGGCGCCUCAUGCUCCGGGCUCCCUGCGACCCAUGACCUCACGUGCCCGCGCACAGUUCUACGAGAGUCAGUUCGUCGACAGAGGCUCAAACACAUCGUCUGCUCGCGAUCGCGUCACCAAGGAUGCCCCCAUUGUAGCAGAGUUGCGGACCAAUGUUAUUAUCAAAGAUGAAUACACCCUUGUCACUGACCUCUCGCACCACCUCUCCACGCGCUACCAAAGGCCCGAGACAUCCAUUAUGAUCACCGUCAACCAUUCGGCAUGCCUGCUUCUUGGGGGCUCUUUUGAGCCCACUUACGUCCUCACCAUCAAUGCCUUGCCCGUUCAAGUGCAGCCCACUACCAACAAGCGCAAUGCCGCUUUGAUCCAGACAUUCAUGGCCGAGUCCAUUGGUGUUCCAUCAGAUCGAGGCAUUAUCAAAUUCGUGCCCAUUCCCGAAGACAGCCUGGCUAUCAAUGGCAUGACCAUCUUGGGCGAGAUCGAACGGCUAGAGCGCCAGCACGCCGAAGAGAAUGGUGGCAGCAUUGUCAAGCGUGCCACGACCAAGAGCUCCCGCAAAUCCGCCAUGACCAAGGCCAAGAGUAGCAUGCAGCUUUCUCGCGGCCUGUCAAAGGCAGAGCCAGUUCCAAAGCCAGUCACCGCCGCGGAUGUUCCACGAGAUGGUCCACUCGAUUCUGCGGUAGCUAUCAGUGACUCGAGCGUCGCCCAGAGGCCCGUAAGCAAGAUGAGCAGCAAAAGCAAAAUGAGCACCAAGAAGUCUGAGCCAAUUCUUUCCGUUUUCGCCAAAAGCACAACCUUGCACACAAACCUGCCGCCGCCGCCACCCAUCCCGGAUGACAGGCCCAUGACGCCAAGUAUCAGCAAGCGUCACAGCUUCAUGAAAGUUUUCCGACGAUGA